AUGAGGGGUGCAGAGAGGCCCGCAGCGUGGCUGUGGCUGGCAGUGGUCACCCUCGCGGCUGCUGCAUCUGACGAGGGAACAGACCUGAGCAGCGACCCCUCGCUCAUCGUCAAGGGCAGCCGGAGCCUGCUGGGUCCCAGGCAGCCGCGCCACCGCGCCUGUGGGACAAACCAUCACCACCCGCUGGCGUCGGUGGCAGCGGCGGUGGCAGCGGCACGGCCCAAAGGCGGCGGGGACGGCAAGAUGCAGGCAGCAGCCGCGGCAGCGACAGUCACCUUCCCGCUCAGUGGGGUGAAGCUGCCGAUUGUCUUCCAUGUCAUCCACUGGCGGGGCUACUCCAGCCUGACCGACAAGGGCGCCCCGCCCGUCAGCACCCAGGAGAUCCAGGCGCAGGUGGCGGUGCUGAAUGCCGACUACUCAGGCACGGGGCUGCAGUUCCGGCCGCCAGACGUGCGCUUCUACGAGAGCCAGGCUUGGACGGGGGACUGCUACAACAAGAUGGGGGACAUCCUGGUGGCAGUGAACACGCAGGCCGCGGCCGCCGUCAACGUCCUCGUCUGCGACCUCUCCUCCUCUGGUGGCGUGCUGGGUGUGAUGCCUGACCUGCCCAACGGCAACAACCAGUUUGAUGCAUCUCAGUGGGUGCCUGGCUGCCGUCGCACCCCUGCCGGCUGUCGCCCCGCAGACUGCAGUUUUGCUGUCUCGCCGGCCGCCGCCCAAGUGCCCACCCGCAGCUUCCAUUCUUUAUUCCGCACCUUUUUCCAGGCCGUGGCUCUGGACUACCGCACCCUGCCCAGCGGCCCCUACCUCAAAUACAGCGGCGGACGCACCCUGACACACGAGCUGGGCCACUAUUUCUCCCUGCUCCACGUCUUUGGAAGCUGCGCCACCGCCUCGGGCGGCAGUGACAGCGUCUCAGACACGCCGGCGCAGCUGACACCCUCGCAGGGCUGCCCGGUGGGCAAGGACAGCUGCCCGCAGCAGGCAGGCCUGGAUUCGGUCACCAACUUUAUGGACUACAGCGAGGACGCCUGCAUGACAGGGUUCACGCUGGGCCAGAUUGUGCGCAUGCGCAGCGCCAUAGGGGGAGCCGGGCCCUCCACCGCCAUCGCCCUCCCCGCGGCCGCCGCCACCGUCUCCAGCGCCGUCGGGCUCGGGAGAGAUCAAGAUCGAUACUCCCGACCCUAUUUGGUCAGAUCCUGGCUGGCUACCGGAUGA